CCGACCAGACCGGUUGCCGCGGAGCACCGCAGUCGCUCCAAAAAUAAAAAGUCCAAACGCCACCCAAGCUACGCUCCCUCGCCUCCUCUGGUCCUCCACCGUCCACCCCUCCCCAAGUAGGCAAGUAUACUCCGUAUAAACAAAAAACACACCCAUGGCCUCCCGGAUCACGAGGCUGCUGCUCCACCACCACCAGCACCGUCGCCUCCUCGCCACCGCCGCGGAGGCCUCCGCCCUCCACGCGCCGCGCGCUCCCUGCGCCGGCGCCACCCUCGCCAAGGAUGUUGCAAAGGCUGAAGCUUCAUCUUUAAAAAAUUCAAGGUGGUACAUGAUCAGGUCAAACCCUUCAGGUUUUCUGACUACGCAUCAUGAGUGCCUUAGAGUAUUUCCUUCUGCGAUAAGGCCGUGUGCAUCUUACUCUACAAAAGCUUCAGACCAGAAUCCAAAAGAGCAGAGAAAAGACUUGUCAACUGUAGAAGAGCCCUUUGAUGCCCCUACCUAUCAUAUACCUGAGAAGCCAGUGACAUUUGCUGAAGGUGCUUCUUACAGUCUUGUUAUACUUGCUGGACUUGGAAUUGCAGCAGUGGCUGGAUACGCUGUUUUCAAAGAGCUUAUAUUUGAACCAAAAGAAUACAAGAUAUUUGGGAAAGCUCUAGCAAGAGUUCAGAGUGAUAGCCAGGUUACAUCAAGAAUUGGCCACCCUAUUACUGGAUAUGGUCAUGAAACUAGAAACCGUGCAGCUCGGCAACGAAUUCCAAAUAAGGUUUGGACAGAUGAGGAUGGUGUUGAACAUGUGGAGGUAAACUUUCUCAUCCGUGGGCCACAUGGAGCUGGAAAGGUGUAUUCGGAGAUGUUCAAAGAUAAUUCUGACAGGACAUGGAAGUUCACAUACCUUGUUGUCGAUAUUGUGUCACCACAUCGUGCACAACUGAUGUUAGAAUCUUAUAUACCAGCCUGAGGAUGCAAGAAACAGAAGCAGUUGGCAAUGACACAAUGUUGUAAGUUUGGCAAAAUUGGGAAGAUCCGAAACAAGUUCUCGCAAAACUGGGAAGGUUAGGAACAGGUUUUGGCGUAUUUGGAAAUUUUGGGACAAGCUUUCAGAAUGUACAGGCAUCUAACCUGUAUUGUGGAAGAAUAACCGGUUCUUUCAUCGUUUGAAGGCGGAGUGGUUUCAGACCGUUGACAUCUAGAAAUGUUUCAAUGUUUUUUUAAAGUUCUCGGUGCCCCAAAUUUAUCGGGGAAAACCCCUGCAUGCCUGGAUGUUUUUGAGAAUAAUUUUGAUAUGUUGAUCUCAAAAAUAUUUUAUAUCGUACAGACAUUUGUCCUAACCGGUAAGUCAUCUAUGUAAAAUCAUAGCACAUGAUAUCAGUACUCUAAUUAUCACUAGGCCAUUUGUGGUAUUAGUUUAUUUUCAA